AUGCUGAUCACAUUCCUUCAGGGCUGGCAGAACCCAGCAGGCGAUAAGUUCUUCGAGCAGCGACGUCAGCGCGCCAUAAAUGCCGACGAGAAAAGCCAGAAGAUCAUGUUCGACAUGAUGGGCGGAAUUGGAGAAGAGAUGAAUGCUUCUACUGGCGCGUUCAACUUUCUCAACGCCACGCCUACGGUCCUUGACCUCUGUGCAGCACCAGGAGGCUUCAUCAAGUAUGUCCUACACAUCAAUCCUUCUGCAAAGGUGGAUGCUCUGAGUCUAUUGGAGCANAAAGGCGGCCACAAGAUCAGGGUCCCUUUUGGGCCUUCGGACCAACGUGUGUCAGUCGUAUUCACGGACGUCAGAAUGUUCGCCGAUGAAUUUGGACUGCCAGAAAUCUUCAAGGACCCUAAGAGCAAGACAGAUCUUGCACUUCGCUGGCCAUACACGAUCAAUCGCUACGACAUGGUCAUCUGUGACGGACAAGUUCCACGUCAAAACCAGGUAGAAGGCAACCACUUCGAGCCCACACGCCUUACAUACUCUCAGCUUUACCUGGGUCUGAAGAGAGUUGCGUCCGGAGGUACCAUGAUUGUGCUCUUGCACAGAAGCAGUCGCAUCGGCAUCUUCAGACUCAUACGCAUGUUCUGCCAAUUCUCACAAGUCCAAAUCUUCAAGCCUGCAAAGUUCCACGCCAUAAAAUCUUCCUUCUAUCUUGUGGCCAAGAACAUUCAACCUGAGAGCCCUGCCUGCGUCGAGUCCAUGGAUCUGUUCAGACUUGUCUGGGAGUGUGCAACGCUCAAAGAUGAGGAUGCAUCGUCGGCCACGUUAUGCAGAGACCUCGGUGUUGUCGAAAAGUCCUUGCAGCCCGAGCUCGAAGACUUUGGCCAGAAAUUUGUUGACCUGGUCCGUCACACUUGGAAGAUACAAGCAGAUGCUCUGGAAAAUGCACCUUUCACUAAACAUCCAUCGACUCCACGUCCCAUCUACACACACUACCUCAAGGGCAAAUGCGCGUACGGCAAUCAUUGCUUCAAGUCUCACGAGGUGCCCGAUAUGGACGGAUGA